AUGGCAGCUGCUACCAGCGUUGUCGUGCUCGACAGGGGCAACAACACCACCUGCACCAUCAAUUUACACGGAGCGACCGUGGUGUCUUGGCGGGUGAAUAACCAGGAACAGCUGUUUGUUAGUAAGCAAGCUGUGUUCGACGGAAAGAAAGCGAUUAGGGGCGGCAUACCGUUCGUCUUUCCACAAUUCGGAACAUGGACGUACGGACCACCCCACGGCUUUGCCAGGAUCAUUCGUUGGAACGUGGAGAAGACGCCGGAGCGAUUGCCCAGCGGGGACAUCGAGGCGAUAUUCUCGAUAAUGGAUAAUGAAUUCACGAGAUCACUGUGGAAUUCACAAUUCAGGCUAACGUACAGGCUAAUACUACGCGAGAAGGAGCUGCAUUUUAAUAUUGGCGUAUACAACCCGAGCAGAGAAGAUCCCUUCUCCUUUAAUCUGCUCCUUCACACCUAUUUCAAGGUACCCGAUGUCAGGAGAUGUCAAAUCACGGGACUGCACGGGUGCACGUUCCUCGACAAGACUAGGGACAACCAAAUCUACCAAGAAGGCCGCGACGUCGUCACGGUGUGCGAAUGGACCGACCGGAUCUAUCAGAACACGCAGCCGGAGCAUAUCAUCACGAAUGUUGUUUCCGGUAGGAAGAUGCGCGUGCAAAAGUACAACUUUCCCGACACGGUCGUUUGGAAUCCUUGGCAGGAGAAGGCGCGCGACAUCCCGGACUUCGGCGACGACGAAUUUCCUAACAUGAUAUGCGUCGAGAGCGGACACGUUAGCAGUCCGGUUGUGUUACUGCCAGGAACGGCCUUUGAGGCAAGCCAGAUAUUGCAGGUGAUGUGAGUAGAGAGUGGACCGACGACGUCACACGUCAAUGCCGGAGGCGGUAUCAAUUCACUGCUUCCAACGUC